UAUAAGCCCAAACAAUAAAUUCAUGCAACAGUUAAAGCCCAAUAAGGCCCGCACGUGAUGUUCAAUUUGCUCAUCCAGUUCAUUUCAGCUCCCCCACUUCACCCACCCCUCUCUCCCUCUCUCUCCAGCAGAUCUAAAUUCGCAUUUUCAUCAGACUAUUUGUAUUAAUCAAAAGAAAACUAAAAUGGAUAUUGAGGAGCUUAAGAAGAUGGAAGAUGAAGAAUCUUCUGUCAUGAAAACAAUGAAAGGGGCAACCACCGGGUUUGUUGCUGGCACCGUUUGGGGUAUGGUUGUUGCUACUUGGCAUGAUGUACCCCGUGUCGAAAGAAGUAUUGCACUUCCUGGCUUGAUCCGGACACUGAAGAUGAUGGGUAACCAUGGAGCGACAUUUGCUGCUAUUGGUGGAAUCUACAUGGGGGUGGAGCAGUUAACACAGAAGCAGCGUAUGAAAAGAGACUAUAUUAAUGGAGCAGUUGGAGGAUUUGUUGCUGGUGCCACUGUCUUUGGCUUCAAAGGGAGGAGCGUUUCAUCAGCCUUGUCUGCAGGAGGUGCAUUCGCAGCCACUUCUGCCAUCCUCGAAGUAUUAGGCAUUGAGAAAAGGGAGACUGGCAGGGUUAAUUAUGUGUACACCCGCGAGAAAAGGCCUAACCCAAAUGUCAACUAGAUACUGAUGGUGGUGCAGUUCCAGUUGAGCUCUUUGUGAAACAAUACUGUACUGAGCUUUGUUUUGUGUACCAUUACAUAUGGUAAAUGACCAUUUAAAUAAAUUUCAUGUACUACUUUCUUUGA